AUGGACAACUCCCUCCUGCUAGGACUCCCCAUCCUCCUCUGCUGCUUUAGAGGUGAGUCCCUAUGGUUGACAGUUGGAGAGACGUCAGUGUGAGACCCUCUCUCACUUCGACUUCCCUACUCUCUGGCCCAAAUUAUAGAAAUUAUUCAGUGUAGGAUGUGCCACCUCCAGUUUCCAGGAGAGAGGUGUUCCAGAGGCAGAGGAAUAUGUACUGCAACAAUGGAAGAGGCUUGCACAACUGGGAGGAUUUUCAGAAAUGAUGGUACACCCUGGUUAACCUUUAGGGGCUCUAAAAACUGUGCUAAUGUGAACAAUAUAAAAUGGAGUGGCUAUUUGGUGAACUUCAGGUGCUGCAGGAGCCAUGACUUGUGCAAUGAAGACCUCUAG